AUUAAAAUUAUUUCAGGUAAAUAACCUGCUGUGGUGGGAAAAAAAUGCCAUUUAAAGAUUUUGUGGGAACCUUGGUGGCAUAAUUUAAAAGACUGGUGUACCAAGCUUGGAAUUGUCUUCUGGAAUACAGCUGUGAUAGGCAUGACAUACUGACUGGAAUAUCAGCUUUCAGAUGAUUUGCUCUGCUCUCCGUCUGGAGUAAAGAGGUGGUGGAACGUGAGGGAUAUGCAUUUUGCAGGCAAACCUGUUGUGGGUAGGUUGCUGACAGUGGUAAUUAGAGCCUGGUGUUUUGUUUGCUAACGCUGUUUUGAAGGAAAAACAAAACCAAACCAUCUACAUUUCGGUUUGGCUCCUCUUGAUCUUAAUUUCUCUGCCUGUGCCUGUCACCUACCAGAAGCCACAUGAUAUUUACUGCAGGAGGAUGGAUCACAAUAGCUGUGAAAUGCUUGGAGUUUGCAGCUGUUCUGAGCAGGAAUGAACCUCAUUCUUCAUGUCAGGGGUGCUUCGGCCUGGUAUUUUAACCAGAGAUUGAAUAGAAAGUUACUGCACAGAGUGAUGUGUGCUGGGGAGUGUUCCUACAGCAGUGGGAGUUCCUACACCUUAAUAUUUCUGCUUUUUGUGGCAGAGUUCGUGUGUAUACGAGUGAUGGGCUGAUGCAAAGGAUAUUCCAUCACUUAGCAAGGUACUCCAGAUUGUAAAAACGCCCCAGGUGUGAUUUCCUUGCUGCAGAAAUCGUGAUGCUGUGCCUGACAUGGGUAACCUCUGCAUCUCCUGACACAGACAAUUCCUGCUGCUGGUGUGCAGCAACACUGGAUGUCUCACAAUGCUCUGUUUUGACCAAAACUCAUCCAUUUCAGUACAGAUGAGGUAAUUUAAGGUGUUUUUCUGUGCUGAGUGUUGGCUUCAUUAAAGCAGUAUAGCAAAUAUUUGUGCUAUGUGCUCCUGGGUGUGCCAUGGGCCUUGCAGGGUCACUUUGCUGUUUUGUCUCAAUGCCUGUUUCUGAUGUCCUCGUUAUCUUGCAGUGCCACUUGAGGAUGAGAAAUUUUAAUCCCUAACUCUUGUCACCCAGGGCUUAACAGGAGGUGGAGAAUGUUUUUCAGGGGUUAUGUUAGAGCUCAGGAGCCCCAGAUGAAAAAGCAGCACACGUCCUUGAGUAAGUGGAACCACCCAGAGUUGAGGGUGUUGAGAAGAUGGAGAAGACUUUGAACAGAAUUCAUCCAGUUUCUGAUCCAGAAGCAACCUAUUUUCUGCAGGUGUCAUGGGAAAAGGAUUUAGGCACUGGCUUCAGUUUACUUCUUAGUGAUUGUCAGUGUGCCUGGACUGGGAAAGUGUCUGAAGCAGACAUUUCUAGGGAGGCUGCUGACAUGGAAAUGGACAGAGAAAAAUAUGUGGAAGAGCUGAGGAAAGCACUGAUAGCUGCAGAAGAGUCAGCUGGCAGAUACAACUUCGUGAUUUCAAGAGAUGAGCAGAAUAAGGCCUGCCACUUCUCCUAUGAAAGGAACUUAAAAGAUGGCUCUUUCAGACUUGGAUCUCUGAAGCUGCAGGAAGUCCCAAGCCCAGCAGAAGUGGUCAAGGAACUCAUUGGUUACUGCCUGGACAGCCUGGGAAAGCUGCAAGCCAAAACUGAGCAUCUGCAGAGAGAAAAUGAAAAGCUUUUCAGCAACUGGAGUGACGUGGAGAAGAGGCUGGAAAAAUGCGUGGAAGCUAAGGAGGAGCUGGAGGCUGACCUUUACAGCAGGUUUGUUGUGGUGCUGAAUGAGAAGAAGGCAAAGAUAAGAAACCUGCAGAAGCUGUUGAGUGAAGCUAGAGAAUCCACAGGGGAUGCCAAAUGCUCAAGGGAUAGUAUAGCUACUACUCAGGUGGUUAUAAAGAGAGAAGACAACUAUGAUGCCAGCACUGAUGAGGAAAGUGAAAAUCCAGCAGGGGCCUCGUUGCCAUCAGCUCCAGAACGAAGGGAUUCCUCCCUCCUGGCCAGCCCAGACCUCGUGGAGCCAGCCCCAAGGAGAAAACGAAGGCAAAGGACAGCAAAACCUGCAGGGACAGGAGCUAAGGUGGCUGCUUACGAGGCUCAGCAGCCAGCCCAGCAGAAGUAA